AUAUGAAUGCAAUUUCUAUGUUAAAAAAAAAAAAAAACAUGUAAAUUAUGUUUCAUAUAAAAUAAUUUAAUGAUACUUGUUUCAUUUAGAAUUUAAGACUAUUUGUGAGAAUGACGGGCCAAGAUAUAACUGAUCUCAAUAAAUCAUGUUUACGUGAAAAUUUAAUAAAAGCAGCUGUACAAUUUUUUCAACAUCCUGAAGUAUCAAGAGCUCCAUUAAGUAGAAAACAGGAAUUUCUUAAAAGAAAAGGCUUGUCUGAAGAAGAAAUUAAAAAAGCUUGUGAAAUAGCUGGCGUUGAUACAAAUGAACAGAAAAGAUUUGAUAAUCAAAAUGAAUAUACAGCAAUAUCAAUACCAGAAAAAUCUCGUUACCCAUACUUACAUGUACAAUCAUAUCAAUUGACGUUGUUACAAAAGAUUAAAGAAUUUUUUAACGUCACUGCUGUGAUCGGAGCUACGCUUUAUUGUGUUUAUUGGUUUUAUAAGGAAUUUAUUCAACCAUUUUUAUUCGGACGUAAGAAAAAAAAUAGCAUAACCGAUACUGUUACCGAAUUGGAUAUCGCUAUACAAAAUUCUAUUAAAGAAAUGAAGGAUUCUAUUUCUAAGGUAGAGGUCGAUGUAAAAAGAUUAUCGCAAAAUCAAUCAAUUGAUAUAGCAAUUCCACAACUCGUACAAGAACUUAAACAAGAACUAUCUAGUCUGAAAGCACUUCUUCUUUCGAGAAAACAAUUUCCCAGUGCUCCAGCAUCUAUUCCGUCAUGGCAAUUAAGUACAAGUACUGUUCAAGAAAAAGCAACUGAAAGAGAAGACGAUGCUGGAAGUGGAAGUAGCACUAAUAAUUCAGAUAGUUCUUUGGAAAUUGUACGAGACGAGCCACCUAAAGAUUAAAAUAUGAAAAAAAAAAG